GAGUCAUCAGGACUGCCUUGCAUAACAUGGACAGGGAAGCCAGAGAGCAUUAUUCCGUUGUUAUUCAAGCCAAAGAUAUGGCUGGGGGGGGGGGGGGGGGGGGGGAGUCAGGGUCAACAACUGUAAAUAUCACACUCACUGAUGUCAACGACAAUCCACCCAGGUUUCCUCAGAAGCAUUAUCAGCUGUAUGUUCCUGAAUCAGCUCAAGUUGGAUCAGCAGUUGGCAAAAUCAAAGCAAAUGAUGCAGACACUGGUUCAAAUGCAGACAUGAAGUACACAAUUAUAAAUGGUGACGGCUCUGGGGUGUUCUCCAUAUCUACUGACAAAGAAACAAGGGAAGGAAUUCUUUCCCUGAAGAAGCCACUCAACUAUGAAAAAAAGAAAUCAUAUACACUUAAUAUAGAAGGAGCAAAUACUCACCUUGAUUUCCGCUUUUCGCACUUGGGACCAUUCAAAGAUGUAACAAUGUUGAAGAUCAUUGUUGGCGAUGUGGAUGAACCUCCGCUCUUCACUAUGCCUUCCUAUGUCAUGGAAGUUUAUGAAAAUGCAAAGAUUGGGACUGCUGUUGGCACAGUAACAGCACAAGACCCUGACACUGCCAACAGUUUAGUGAGAUAUUUCAUUGAUCAUAACACAGAAGAAGAUAGGUAUUUCACCAUUGAUUCUAGUGCUGGGACCAUUAAGACUGCUAAGAUCUUCGACAGAGAAGAGACACCUUGGUACAACAUUACAGUGGCUGCUUCUGAGAUAG